AUGACACAAAGCCCAUAUCAUGACGAUUUCAUCUCCCAGCCCGAAGAUCCUGCAACAUGGGAAAACAACUCACAGUACGCUCCAACACCUGGAUAUUUCGGUAGUCCCAAUGCAACAGGGCUCAACUACAUCAACAAUCGAGAGGUGUCAAAGGACACGGAGGAAGAUCUUGUUUUGGCCCCUAGUGCCUUUUGGCAGCUGUUCUUAGAGAAGAAAUUAGAGAAAGUUCUUCGACGAAAAAUUGCCCGUCAUCGUCAGGUGAAAGCUGAUGACACUGCGAUUGUCGUUUCAGUGAACGACCGAACCCAGCGCAAUUUGACUAAACGAUUUGAUGAUACCGAUAUCAUUUGGACCGCCAUCGAGAAGCAGCUUCUGAUGUGGUCAGGUCUAUUCUCCCGGGGUAAAGAGCUCACGCUGAAGAUCAGUUUCAAUUACGUCGACGAUCGUCACUCCCCUCCAGCCGCUGGUCGGAAAGGGGAGAAAAGAGGAAAAGCCUCUGUCACGAAGAGAAUGCUCGACGAGAGAGCCGCGCAGAUUGAUGCCGAGCAGGAUGCUUCUGGAGAAAGACCUAUCUGGCGCAGCGUCUAUAAUCUGAUGCGAUGUGCAUCCUCGACUUGUUCAUUGGGCCCGUAUUGCUGGGUGGAUCCAAUGGGGAAAAAGCAUUACCAACUGAAGACUCAUCACCUGAAGCGGCUCGUUACCCACGUCGAAAAAGGUGGGGUGUUAGACGGGCACAGGGAUGUGCCAGAAACAGUAUGCGAAGAAUUAUAUAUGGAAGAGCAACAGAGACAGGAAAAAAACAAUCGCAAAGGAGGACAUCUGACUGGAAAUGGAGCACCAUAUCCUGCCAUCAACAUCAAUGUCCUACCCUCGCAGUCUUCCACUGCAGCUACACAUGUUUCUGCUGACUUUCAAUCCAUGCAAUCUCCAGGCCCGCUUGAGAUCCCUGGACCUAGGGAUGAAGCGGUCAAGGAAUAUGGUGAAUGGCAGGUGUCAAACGUCACUGAUGACGCUCUCAAGGCUGCAUUUCGAGAAAUCUGUGACAUGAUGAUCGACAAUAGUCUUGAUCUUGAGCAGGUCUACAAGGAUCAAGACCCGGAAUUCUUUAUCGGAAAGGGCAUAAAGAUAGGUAUUGCUCGACGGUUCGUAGAAGACAUUCGGCGCUGGGUCGAGAAUGUGAGGAAAGCAAUCCCCAUUUAUGAGAUAAUUUAG